CCCCCGCACAUCGACAAUUGCAUUGCUUCAAACACAUUCGCCAAUAUGGACGAGCCGCUGCGGAAACGCAGAAAGACUUCAUCUCCCGCGCAACAAGACUUUAGCCCACUGCGAAAGCCACCUCGACGACCGUCCUCUGCCUCGCCCAUAAAGGCCAGUCUUGCGCGCAACGACUACAAUUUAUUGCCCGCUCGUACACCACCACGCGACGAUAUCCGGUCUCGAGGAGAGCAAGUACGAAGGCGCGCACUUGAGGAGCCUGGCGCACCAGAGAAAGCGAUCGGAGAAGGGGCAGAAGAAGGGACAGAACUGAGGUCAUCGCCGCCGCAGAGAGGGCUUGCGGAGCAGCACCAUUCACGUCAAGACGUACUAUUCCCCUCGCCGAUAAAGCGUCCCCCUCGCCUAAAAGGUGCGCUCAGAAGAUCUCCACUGGCGCCGGCGCCAGCGCCAGCAGUCCAGCGAAACCAACUCACUCGGCCUACGGAAGAUGCAUUAGACGAGGACGGCCCAAAGGAGAAGACCAGAAAGCCUCCUUUAGAUCCUGAGAUUGACAAGAGGAGGCAAGAGAAGGCGCGACUACAACGCGAAAUCAAAGAGCUCGAAGCACAGGUGUCAAGGUGCACGAGUGAGAUUGCAGUUGAGCAGCAGCGGGAUGCGAAUGAUGCGCUGCUUCCUGCGCAACGUGCAGACCUCAUUAAGUUCAUCACAAACAUCAGCGGAGCAGAUGAACAAGAUGAGCGGCCAAUACCAAUCUCGAGCCUUCUUUGCUCGUUCCUGCCGUUCUCGAGCUUAACUAUUCUACCUCACAAGCGAAAACAACCAGAAAGGCCCAUUGCGUCACAUCGACCUAUCGACUUACCAGACCCGUUACCGUACUUAGAAAUGUUCACAAACUUCAGAUUUUCUACACAGCUAGGACUGCCACGAGGUAAAGCCCUCUCGUCCUCGAAACAUGUCCAUCAAAAACACACAAUCGACAUCAGUGGCCCCCAAAAACUCCUUACGGCGCAACUAGCUGUCAACAUCGAUUGUCUGUCAAACGAGGUGAUUGACAUGCACAUCUUGCGCCUACCAACCUGGACAGAGCGCGAAUUAGGAAUAUUCAUGCGUUCAAAAGCAAAAGAGAAGAAUCUGGGUAUGGUGUGCUGGGCUAUCGACUCGUUCUGGGAUGUUACGGCAAAGCGCGCCGCUUACUGGCAUAAGUGCGAAGCAGCAUUUGUACAUUUACUUACAGGGCGGACGAUUACUGCUACAGAGAACGCACGACCUGCAAAUGCCAAGUCGGCCGUGCUCUCUCGAAAAGAUCUUGGUCGUCAUCUCGGUCGCGAUACAUUGAUCUUGCAGGACAAGCGCGUCCUGCUCAAGAUCAGCUGGCGCAUUGUGUUCGACUGGACGGGUGAAGCCGAGUCCAACAUUGGUGUGGAAUGCGCUGUGCCCGCCGUGUGGAAGGAGGCUGAUGCGAGUGACACUUUUCGCAAGAUCCCGGAAACGUUCGGUUCUCUGCUACGCGCAAAGGGUGCUUUUGAGGCUACGAGGAUCUUAGUUGCUUUGCUGUUCUCGCAGUAAAUGGCGAAGGAGAUGCUGUUUCGUAUAUAGUUUGAGAUACCCAAUGCAAUCCUAGCGUCUCUGCCCAACUUCUGCACUGCUUGUACAUGGGCUAGACGAGUU